ACACUAGGCAACACUGUCAAACAGCUGAUUUUUGUUGAUUGUUUUGAGGAAAACACAAAGUAUUUCUUUAAAAUUAACUUUUAUUCCGACUUUCAAGCGCCAAAAGUAACCAAAACCAACAAAAUGGGAACCUGGGUGCUGGAGGUGGCCAAGAUGGGCAUGUACAUGGCCUUCCCGGUGGCGCUGUUCCACCUGUUCAACCAGCCGGAAUAUUUCGAGGAGUGGGUGACCAAAAAGAAGCGGGAACUCUAUCCGCCGGAGAGCAAGAGCCACCACGAGGAGCUGCAGCGGGCCAUACGGGAGCACCAUGCCCAGCACGACGCCAAAAUGAUGCGGGCCAUGCAGGAGGCGGAGGGCAAGAAGUAGCCGCUUUAUUUCCAUCAAUCCAGCGCUAAUCCCACGUUAUAUAAGCGGGGGCAAACAAACAACCAACUGAUGCUCCGGAUGGAUGGGUGACUAACUGCUCUGUAACAACGUAAUAAAGACUUGCAUUAUAACCGAA